AUGGACGCGUCCGUGACCAGCGAGAGGUUCGGCGGCGGCGUCGGCGGCCGCGGCGGCGGCAUCGAGGACUGGGAGCUCCUCACCACGGACGUGACCGUGAACGAGCUCAUCGGCGAGGGCGCGUUCGGGGAGAUUCGAAGCGGUCACUGGCGCGGGUGCCCGGUCGCGAUCAAGACGCUGAAGACCGCGGUCGUGACGGAUCAGAUCGCGAUCAAGGAGUUCAACCGCGAGAUGGCCAUCUGGAGCAAGCUCGUGCACCCGUUCAUCGUCCAAUUUUUAGGCGUCGGGUACAAAGCCGGUCAGCCGCCGAUCAUGUGCUGCGAGCUCAUGUCCGGCGGGUCCCUGCAGCGCCGUCUGCACGACCUAAAACUCGAAGGGAAGAACAUGAACUUCGACGAGGGGUUCCGAAUCGCGCAGAACAUCGCGUCCGCGCUGACGUACAUGCACUCUCGGAGGCCGUUCGCGGUGCUGCAUCGGGAUUUGAAGCCGGCCAACGUGCUGCUGACGGCGGAGGGCGUGGCGAAGCUCGCGGACUUUGGCCUGUCGAAGAUGCUGUCGCUGUACGAUCACCAGUUCUUGAUGACCGGCGAGACGGGAGCGUACAAGUACAUGGCCCCGGAGGUGUUCCGACACGAUUUCUACGGCCUCAAGUGCGACCUGUACUCCUUCGCCAUCGUCGCGUUCGAGCUCUUCGAAGGUUUGCUCACGCUCAGAGACCCGGUGUCGUGGGCGCACAGAGCCACGGGCGAGGAAGCGCUGAGACCAGGGUGGGCGUUCAUGGCCGCGUACGGCACGCGCCGGUGCCAGAUGAUGACGCAGCUCGUGGAGCAGUGCUGGCACCCGGACCCGAACGAGCGGCCGACGUGCGCGGUCGUUUCGAAGAUCAUGAGGAACAUCGGUCGGCUGUCCAAGUACGACAAGGCGGAGAAGAGCCCGGGCAAGGCGGGCGGGAAGCGAGCGGGAGGCCCAAAAGGGGCGAAAGAGAGCGGCGGUGCGGCGCCUUCGAAGGCGGAGGAGGAGCCGGCGCCGUCGUGCGGGUGCGUCGUCAUGUGA